CACAGAACACCUAUAUACUAUUGAAACCGCCUCGGCGCACACCUUUAGUCGCAGCGGACUUCGGCAGGAAGCGCUUGUCAGGCGCUCGUUUUGCCCUGGAAAGUUCCCGCAUCGUAAUCAGGCGCCUUGCUGCGACAGCCACUUCACGUCUCCGCCCGUGCUGCCGCGCGCAUCUUGAACCAUGUGUGACCUAAAAGUGAACCAAGCCUGCGUCACCGUGCAUUCCGCUUACUCGCUCCCUCUUGAUCUCUACGCGCAAACAUCGGAAUGCUACGGGUGUACUCUUCAACUAGUCCAUCAUGCGCGUCGCCAUAGUCGCAAUUACAGUGUCGUCCUGGGGAGCAUCUACGAGACAGAGUUGCAGCUGCGGAGGCAUCGUGAACCAUUGCCUAACUGCACUUUCCGCGAGCACCUUGGAGAGCAUGGCUCAUAUCUCCUGCGUGUCUCGUAUGAGGGCCACUGUGACUGGCAAGUGAUCAAGGAACCCGUCAACAUAUACAACCCUCUCAUUGUUGCGACAGCAGUGGUGCUGUUCCUGAUAUUACUCUGGCAAGCAGUGGCCUGUUUCAAGAGGCUGUGUUCAGCUUUUGUUUCCGUCAACACGGUCCCCUCGGACUCUCAGCAAGGCAUAUUAGGUACUGCGGUUGCUGUUGAAGAUGGCCAGGCCAUACCCACUGCUGCCCCCAAAAAACGACUACGCUCUCUUGAUACUUUGAGAGGGCUCUCACUGGUGCUCAUGGUGUUUGUAAACUACGGUGGCGGCAAGUACUGGUUCUUUCACCACAGUCCUUGGAAUGGUAUCACUCUCGCCGACGUGGUCUUCCCAUGGUUUGUGUGGAUCAUGGGUGUCUCACUUGCCAUGACCAUACGGUCGCUCCUUCGCAAGUCUGUCACCAGAGGUGCUAUAUUCCUGCAAAUUGUCAAGCGCUCCAUUAUCCUUUUCGGGCUCGGCAUAAUGACCAACACUCUGUCUGGGAACGUGGAUCUAAAUGCACUGCGCAUUCCUGGUGUACUCCAACGCCUGGCGUUCUCCUAUCUGGUGGCUGCUACAGUGCAUCUUUUGUUUGCCAAGCCACAUGAGGGACAGCUGGUUUGGGCCCCUGUGCGUGACGUGCUGGCCUACUGGCCCGAGUGGCUGCUGGCAAUUCCCAUCCUGGCACUUCAUUUGGCUCUGACCUUCUAUUUGCCAGUGCCCAACUGUCCGCAGGGCUACCUCGGUCCAGGAGGCUUGCACCUGAAUAGCAGCUUUGAAAACUGCACAGGUGGGGCAGCUGGUUUUAUUGAUCGAAGCAUUUUCGGCAACAAUCACAUCUACCAGACACCAGAUAUGCGGCACGUAUAUGGCACGCACCUUCCGUAUGACCCUGAGGGUACACUAGGAUGCCUUACGUCCAUAUUUUUGGUCUUCUUGGGCCUUCAGGCUGGCAAAAUCUUGCUCACAUUCUCUGAAUGGAAAGCUAGAGUUGUUCGCUGGUGUAUCUGGGGCCUCCUUUGCGGUGUUAUUGCUGGUGUCCUGACCAAUUUCUCAAAAGAAGAGGGUUGGAUACCCAUUAACAAAAACUUGUGGUCGGUGUCCUUCGUUCUGUCUACAGCCAGCACAGCCUUCUUUCUUCUUGCUGUUUUGUACUACCUGGUGGAUGUUUGUGGAUGGUGGUCGGGUGCACCACUUAUCUACCCAGGCAUGAACUCCUUGGCCGUGUAUGUGGGACACGAGAUCUUGCAUGGUGUGUUCCCAUGGGCAUGGCAGUGCCCAGAGUCUCACUGGUGCUACCUCUUCAUGAACCUCUGGGGCACUGCACUGUGGGUGGUUUUUGCGUGGCUCAUGUUCUGCAGGAAGCUAUUCAUCUCAGCCUGAACGAAAAGCCAUCCACACACCGGUACCCUCGACAUCUUGCUGAACAAAUACCCCAUGCACGUUUAUCUUACUACACAUAUUUGCAAGUUGACUCGCAUUUUGUGAGCACCUUACAAGUGUCAUCAUCAGGGAUGACCCUGUUCGUGCAUAUCCUAAGGCGCACAAGGUACAUGUACCUUGUGCCUGUUAGUAUGUACAUAUGUAUACUACUAGGAUGUUUGUACUCUGGAGGUUAAUUGUGACCAGAAAAUCAGUUUUGGAGAAAUGUGUCUGGAAAAGCUGACACUCUGAAUGUUCUCAGUGCAAAAAUAGAGCAUGGUCUAUGAGUCGAUGCUUUGGUUUGGUACCUCUUCAACUGACGCUACUCUGUAAAAUUAAAUUUUUCGCCUGGUACUGCCAUGUCUGUUGUCGUGGCAGAAUGAAUGCAGUGCCUCGAAUUGGGAGAUUCGAAGUUUGGCUAUGUGUUCGGAUGUUCAUAGGAAAGGGCAUUAGUGCAGCUGAAGAAGCUACUGUAAUGUGGUGAGCAACAUCCGUUGGGAUUGCCAUAUGUCAAGCUGAAUAUGUGGUUUUGGAAAAUCGACUUUCCCACGAUUUUCUGCUUCUCAAGGUUCACACUCCUCUUUCCUUGUAUGAAAUAUUGCAGUUCAGUCGACUCGCACUGUCGGUGUUGCUCUGGUACUGAAAGGGUGAAAAAUUUCGAGGAGAUGUAGUAGUUCUUCAAGCGAAAUUCUUCGAAUAAAAUUUGAACAAAAUGCAUCAACUCCAAUCUGCUAUCUAUAUAUUGAAUCAAGGUGAACUGAUGUCUGCUUUUUGUCUACAUUUUUUUAGUUGACUGUUAUCAACCCAUUGUUCAAAGUCUGCAGUGUGCGGAAAAUUCUUUUGUCAUUCUUUAUUAAAGCCAGCCAUUUCUAAAGGUGUGGCUUGAAGUUGCAGGUAACAUCUUGGCAAGAACAUGGUAUCAUAAAGCACUGAGAUGUGCCAGUCAGCCUAGUUUGGCGGUGUUGCAUUACGAUGCAGUUACAUGUAGCAGUCAGCACAAUUUAGUGGUCUUACAUCAUGAAAUGUAAUUAUUUACCAAUAAGCAUAGUUCAGUGGUUUUCACAAUGCUGUCAAAAAUAAUGCUGCUAUUUUCUAUACCAUACUCACUUCUGCCCCAACACUUUGUAUCGUCCUUAAAAAAUUCGCCAUCCAGAUCACAGCCUUCUGUCCUACUUCAGUGGGUCCUCUUGUUCCAUGUCAGUUGUGGUCAAGGUGUCGUCGACAUUCAACAAGCUGAGGGGCACAUUAGUGAUUUAUGAUGGCAUAUCAUUUCUACCUUUAACUUUGCCAAUUUUCAGUACCAGCCAGACACCUUGUUGCAUGCUGUGGGCAUAUUGAACUUGCAAAUUCAUACAGCAUAUUUAUUACAUGCUUGAAUUUAGACCUUCUGCUCAUUACUGGGCCAGCAACGAGAUAUUGUAGAAUGAAAGAAAAGCAUUAAAUUUUGUGCCAAUAUUUAGUUAGGUGAAGAAUGCAGUUACCCUGAAAUUUCAAAUUCAAUAUCUCAGAAAGACGUUGCUUUCUGUGACUUGUAUUCUGAUGAGUCGCUCGUAAGACUCAUCGUAUCUAAAGAAUCUUUCUGCUGCUUUAGCUGCAUUCUCACACGCUUCUGUCCGUUUAGAAACCACCCUGCAAUGCACGUAACAUGUGGAUAGGUCCUGUGGCAUGCUCAGCAGCUUAGGGGAGCAACAAGAAACUCGACUGUUUUGAGUGGCUAGAAAAAACAACAGAUUUAUCAAUACUGGCUUCUAGACUGCUAACUGCAGUUGCACUAGGAUGUGCUUGCUGAACUGAACUGCAUGCUUUGGGUACUACAGGCCUGUGGAAAGCGACUGCCAAGAGUGGUGCUGCUGUAAUCAUGCUUGGGCAAGUACAGACACCACCUAGUUGACUUUUCCAUCUUCAAAAUGCUGCUAUUCAUUUAGCUCACAAGUGCACUUUUUUUAAGGAGAUGAAAGCUGUAUUUGUAAAGAAAGUGCACCUCAGGUACUACAUUCGGUUGCAUUAGUGUUUCCUCAGAGCGAGAAGUUCAGAUUUUGCAGGCUUGGUACAUUACCGUAGGCCACUGCUUGCCUAAUUUGUAGCAUUUUGGUGCUUAUAGUUUCAACUGAUGGCUAUACUAACCUUGAAAAAAAGAAGUAUGAAAAGGUAAGAACUGCUGAGGAGAUGCAGUAACUCUUUGAGACCCUGUGAGAGAGUACGAUUUGGCAUGUUGGUAAUCCACAGUUGUAUCAGAGCAGUGUUCCUUCAGCCAAAGAAAUGCAGACUAAUAGAAACAAAGCAUUAAAUCAGUGCUUUGUCCCUGCUGCAUUGCAACAUGCAUUUUUUGUUUUGUAGCAUGAGUCUUGGUCUUUGGAUGAGGGCACCAAUUUUCUUUUCAGUUUGACUUGCCUUGUGUAAAAUAUUUGGCCUUGGUGCUGCCCAUGUUGGCAGUGAAUAAGCUAGCGCCUUGUCACACUUCCUUGUCUAUACAGGAUUGCAGUCAUUGUGCAUGCUUCUUUGCUUAAUGUGUACAGUGCCAAAUGACUCUCCUCUGGUCUUGUAAAAAUGUACGAGUAGCACCGUAUUUACUCAAAUGUAACGCGACUACGAUUAUAACGCGAGGGGUGACUUUUAAGUGCCGAAAAAACAACAACAUGAAUUUAACGCGAGUAAAGUGGGGGCAAAAAAGUAGCUUUAUUUGCUGCACAUGGUAGUGGCAAAGGCAUCCCAGUUUCUAAAUAUGAAGUGAGUUUUGUUCAUUCGUCGCUUUCAUCGUCGAUGGUUGAGCCCUCUUUGUCACUUUCUUUCUCACAGAUGAGGUCAUCCUUUGUGCCAUCUAUAUGGUUCAAUAUGCAGCACUUUUUAAACGCGCGAACUAUCAUGUCGUGCAGCAGGCUGUACCAAGCUGCGGACACCCACUCGGCAAUCUUUGCGGUGCUAGGUCGCUUUAUCCUACCCGUAGGUGUCAAAGCCUGAUCUUCUCACAUCCAUUCUUCGUACAGCUGCUGCAUUUUAUCCUUAAAGGAUUUGUUCAGGCAGACAUCUAAUGGCUGCAGCAGGGACGUCAUACCUCCGGGAAUAACGGCGAACUGCGUCCGAGUCUCCCGCAUCAGCUUCUUCACUUGAGGCGUCAGGUGACUGCGAAAUGAGCCGAGAACUAGGAUGGAGGCGGGGUGGAGGAGCGCACCUGGUCGCCGGCACCAGACAAUCUUGACCCAGUCAAGCAUAAGCAGAGUGUACAGUGCUCAACUCGGCUGUCUAUAACGACAGAGCGUUGUGCGCGAAACAGCACGGGUGACAUCUGCAGUCGCAAAGACGCCACAUCUGAGCAUGCACGGCAACAGUGAUGUGCCUGCCUCGCAAUACUAAUCCCUGUUUAUCGCCGCGGAUGCAACAACCACUUUGGCCGUCGAAAGCACUCUGAGCAAUUCGCGAAAAAACAAAAAACAAGAAAGACGAAGUAAAACUGUUUUCGCUGUGAUAUGAUAUCAUGAAGCGAGAAUAUUUCUUUUUUGUUGUUGCUUUAUUUCAAUCUUGUGAUGUUGAGAGCGCUUCGACAGCCAAAGCAGCCAUCGGGGCCACAGAAAUAAAGAAGGGUGGAAACUUCAGGGCAGGCACAUCAUUGGCACCGCGCAUGCUCAGAUGUGGCGUCUUUGCGGCUGCAGAUGUUGCUUGUGCUGUUCCGCGCGCGACGCGGACAAUCACAUCCCUAGGGAACAGCUCCUUUGGGAUGGUUUUGCACCGGAAAAUGAUGUAUGGCGGCAACUUGCGCCAAGCAGGCUAGCAUCACGAUUAGCUGCGUCUUCUCGUUGCCUAUUGUCCUUUGCGUACCUGUUUCGCUGACAGUCCUUGACAUAGGCAUGUCCAAGAAACCGGGAGUCUGGUUUGCAUUGCCAAUGUGCCCCAACGGCAUUUGCGACAAGCGGCGCAGGUUGAGCAUAUAGCACUGAAACUCCACUACCUUCGCUUCGCAAUCUGCUGGUAGCUUCUGCCUUAUCGACGUUGUUCGCCGGAGGGAAAAUCUUCGCAUGAACGUUUGUGCCAACUCACGUGAAGCUUUAAAGUUCUCCCGCGAGAUUCCCUACGACUCGGGCUUUUUACUGAAGCAGCUCCAAUAGGCGAUUUCGGGGCUCAAUCACAAACUCCGCCACUCUUUUUUCGAGUUGUGUGUGACGGCCACAAGGAGGUCCACGGAAGUCUUUUCGGCCGGGCUCGCCCAUGAAGAGCGCUUCACGCUGGAGCCUUUACCCACGGAUAGUAGAUUCCGCCACAUCUAGCCGUCGUGCCGUGGCUGAGUUCCCGAUUUCCUCAGCCAUCAGUAUUGCACUUCUCUUAAAGUGGGCUUCGUACUGAACUCGUCGCGCUGCCAUUUGCUCGAGCCGAAGUCGCGCAAGCACAAAGGAAAUGAACCGCCUGCAAAACACGUCUCCAUGUGCGCGUCGCAAACAAUAGGAUUAGAUUGGAUUCAAUUCGAUUUUGCCACUGUGCAUAUGUUGCCAGCACAAGGUUGAAAGAUCGCUAGGUUUGUCAUAGCCAUUUUAAGAAACCAGUGGGGCAGCACCGCCAAGGCACGAUUUGAGGUGCUUCGAUUAUAAUGCGGACCCCCUAAUCACUUUAGAGAAAUUUGAAAAAAACUCGCAUUACAUUCGAGUAAAUACGGUAAUUUGCUCUGCCUUAUCAACUUGGCUGUAGGCCAUUUUUCUUAAACCUGGUCUUAAUUUUUGUGAGCUCCUUGACAAGUUGUAUUCGUGCUUUCAUUUCAUAGUGCGCACACACGCAGCAGCAGACACAAAACUUGUUUCCUAGAAUAACGAAUGUUCGAAGUCAACAGUUUUUUACGGCUCUCUCAUUUAGUGUGGGAAUGCUGCUCCACUAUUCGAGCAAAUAAUGAACAAGAGAUAACUUCCAUGUUUCUGGCUCUAUCAAGUGUAUCGUAACUUGCUGCACAGAAGCGUCUAGUAUUUAUGCCAAAGGAAAGGUCAAAAAGUAAAACUUGCGACUCAAGUAUUUGGUCUGUCAUAAAAACUGCUUUUACUUGGAACAUAUUCCCAACUCUCAUGAACAGUUGCUAUGCUCCACAGGUGGUGAUGUAUUAAGGAUGUCACUUCAGCAAGCGGAAUACGCCCUAGCAUGUCAUCAUUUACAGUUUUGUAAUUAUAAAGUGUGAAAUUUUAAUAUUGUGUGCAAUAUGUAGUGUAUCAGUAUUCUUUGAUAGCAUGCUAGAACAUUUAAAUGCUUUUUAUGCAGUUGGGUUUCAGGUUUCGAUUCUUGAAUUUCACACUGAAUACUGCUGCUCGUUGAGGACAAUAGCAAUUGUGGAUUGUUCAUUUAUAUGCUACAAUCAAGAUAGUCAUAGGAAAAGUUGCUGUGGUAAAAGAGAAAGUGUUAUUUUGUUAGAUUUAAUGUUGUGUUGACUGAUAAUUCGAGAGCUCCAUAAAGAAUAAGAGAUUCUCAGACCUAGUCCAACUCCGUCAGUGUACAUUUUACAUGUUCUUCGGUGUUGCAUCUGACUAGCUCUUCAAAGGGUGUAGUAGCUUUAUUGGGAGAAUUAGUCUUUUGGGCUCUUGAUUGGUUGAAAUGCUAUACUCAAAAACACAUGAAAAGUUUUUACUGCAGAGACUAGAUUGCCAAAGAUCACAUCCUGUGCAAGUGCAGGUGUUUUCUUGUAAGAUGCUCUUUUUAUUAUUCCUAACUAUGCCACAGUGUUACACUGUGCUAGAAUGCUUUCCAGUGGCAUAAGUGUGCCUCUCUGUAUGUUGCGCAUGGGGGCAGCUGCAGCAGUGGUGCUGCCAUUGACCACUCUUCAAAGCUCAUUCUGAUGCGCCUAAGAAGCGGACGUGGUACGCGAGAUUGUAAAGCAUGUUGGAUUACAUGCUUAUGUGUUAAUGUAAUUCAGGCUCAGUUUACUUUUUGUGUAUAGUAGAAGUGCAUUGGAGUGUCAGAGCUGGUUGUAUGAUUUUGGGCCUCUCGCAGCAAGCAAAGCAGGUAGUAUAUGAAGGAUAUUCGAUGCACUGCAAUUGCUUUCGCCUGGUGGGUCAUUCAGGGAAUGGGGCAGUUUAGUGAGCAAUAAAAUUUGCUAAACAAUGGUUAUUGUAAAACGGAAAGUUUGCCCGAUGUUUGCAAUUAUGAAAAACACAUUGUUGGCAGUGUCACUCUUAGGGUGCAUAUGCAAAAAAAAUCAGGCUAUGAAAGCUGAUCAAUUGUUUACACAUGAAAGCAGAUAAAAAAACAUUUGGUGUGCAAAGAAAAAUUACUUGGAGAUUUCAGUCUCUAAAACAAAUUUAUUGCAGGCACUUUUCAUUUGCACAGAGGUCGUUCCUUCUUUUGGAAUCUUGCUUUGGAAGUUGGUGCUAUAAAUUGUGCUCAAGUAUGGCAUGUUAUUGGGCUCAUUGGUUCUUAGAUUCAGUAGACACUUCUCAACUGUGCAAAGAAAAAAAAAAAAACACAUUAGAAACGUGAAACACUCACACAGAUAAAACAUCAUGCUUGUUUUGGGAUUCUAAAGGGGUUUCUUCUUGGUGCAGUUGAAUGUGUAAACUGCUCUUACCUCACACUCAAUUUGGCCUUGCGAUGUUACGUUGUUUGUGAGACCAUUUUUUCAUUAUCUGCGCUUUUACAGAUACGCAUGUCACGCGCUUCUUACAGAGUGGUUAUAGCGCUGCAACGUGAAACGUUGGCAAUGAUGUGCCAGCCACCUGCUUACCUAGCAUGAAUAUCUUCGAGUGCAAAGCACUGAUGCUGCUUGUUGUGAAGAACACAGCUUUUUCUACAGUGACCUCACAUAAAGUGCAACUCAAGUGCAUUGCUAUCUCUGGUUAGUGGCUUGUCAGCUCUCUGUACACUUCUUUCUCGCGUGGAUUGCCGUUCAGAGUUCUUUGUGCCUAUCAGCUGUUCUGCACCCUGGAAUGUAGCAGUAAUUAAGACGGCUUUGCAGUCAUUGAUGAAAGUCAUCACGUUUACAUAAAACACCUGAAACACAAACACUCGGAACGCUAAGCCAUCUAACGCUUCUCUGAAAAGCUAAAUUAUUGUGUGCGCUUAAGCCUGUAGCAUUUAAGAGUGGUCAACGACAGCGCCACCACUUCGGGUGCCACUCACAGUGACUCACGGAGCAAGGCAAUACCCUCCGCCUCUCUUUGCACAGAGUUUUUCUAGUACACCGCAGUUUAUUGUAAACUGCAGUUUCACUUAAGCCUACAACACUUCGCAAUUUGUAGUAGUUUAAAUUUUCUAUGGUGGUGCAAUAACAAGCAGUUGUUAUUGCCUUGAAGUUUUUUUUUAAUUGGUGCUCUUUGUGAGUUGAGUGCUUUUUGUUGUCUGCUCCUGAUAAUCAACUGCUUUACACUGCUCUUAUAUGCAGUCUUAGCCACAUUUGGCCACAUUUCUCAUUGCCUAAAAUGUCAAGCAACUAUUAAUCUUGCAUUAACUGUGGCGCUGUAACUGCCUCAUGACUGGUGUGUCACAUUCGUGAUGGUUUCUCACUGGGUCUUUAAAAACUUCUCUUUUACAUCAGUUUUUCCAUUGUGCAUGCAAGAACUAUUCUUUGUUACAGUGUUUAACGAAAGCAUUGUGAGCUUAUUUCACCAAAUCAUAGCAUGUGUGUCCAUUGUCGCUCUGCAUUAUGGACCAUGGCUUUAUUUUUGCCCAAUUUUUCGCAAGCUUGUCUUUUUAAUAAGGAGCUUAGUCAAGUGAUAACAUCGAAUGUGCAUGAACACAUUAUGGUGUUGGCAUUUAACUGUAGUAUACAUGUAAUCAAAAUCUAUUUUAUUUUACUUAUUUCAAAAUGUCUACGACAUUUCCCUUCUACGCAUCUCUGUUAUGGUUCCUUCCUAGAGCUGAAUAAAUUGUAUUUUGUGAUGUA